AUGGCGGACGGUGGGGCUGACUCUGCAGCUCCACCAUCGGAAAACGGCGGAGAAUAUCUACUGUCGCUUUUGCACAGAAGACCUUACCAGCAGAACAACAACCCUUUGACCAGACCAGCCGGUCCCCAGCAUCAGUCGUUCGCUCUCGAUCCGGCCAUUGCAGCCGUUGGCCCCACCGUGAAUGCCUUUCCUCCGUCGAAUUGGCCCUCUAAUGGUCGUGACCGACCCGGUACGCAUACUUCUCCUUGGCAGCUCGCCUUUUCGCCUCCUAAUCUCUCGCCCAAUUUGUUAGGGUUUCCUCAAUUUCCGGUUAACCCGUUUCCUGCGAACCAAUUCGACUGUAAUCAGAGAGUAUCAUCAGAUGAUGCUUAUAGAUUAGGGUUUACUGGAACCGGAAACCACGCAAUUCAGUCGAUGGUACAGCACCAGCCGCAGCAGCCGCCGCCGCAGCCGCAGCAAAAGCUUAUUUUUGGUUCUUUCACUGGAGAUGCUUCUCAAAGCCUCGAUGGGUUACUCAACGAGAAAUUGAAGUUGGAUUCUAAUCUUAGUUCUGCCAAGCAUCAUAUGAGGAAUCCCCAAUCCGUUGUCCCGAAUUCAAACACGGAUCCAAGCUUAUCUCAUCUUCGGAAUCAAGCUUUCCAUGAACACAAAGAAGGUCACAGCGGAAGAGGAAACUGGGGACCCAUUGGGAGUAACGGCAAGGGUUCUAAAUCUAACCCUCCUCCUCCUGGAUUCUCAAGCAACCAACGAGGUUGGGAUAGUGAUUUGGGAAGUAAGGGUGAUGAUAGAGGUAUGAGCAGUUUCCAGAGAAAUCAGGGAGAGCUUUCUAAUUUAUGGGAUAAGAAUGUUCAUUUACCUGCUGAGGUUGAUAGAUUAAGGAGGUUACCUGAGAGCAGUUUCAACCUUAGCCGACAGAUUGAUCAUCCUGGACCACCUAUGGGUACAAAUCUACAUUCGGUCUCAGCAGCUGAUGCUGAGGAUUCCUUUUCUACGUUGAAUAGGGAAGCUCGUGGUGGAGGUGGCUAUAAAGAGGAAGUGGGGCAGUUUAGUAAAGGAAAGAGGGAGGGCAAUGGGCAGUGUGGCCCUGUUGAUGACGAAAUUGAGGAUUUUGGAAAAGAUAUUGUCGAGUCUUUGUUGCUUGAAGAUGAAAAUGACGACAAGGAUGCCAAAGAUGAGAAGAAGAAUAGCCGCACUUCUCGCGAGAAGGAAUCGAGAAUCGACACUCGGGGUCAGUGGCUGCUUGGCCAGAGGCUAAGGACGGCUAAAAGUUAUAUGGCAUGUAGAAAUGAUAUCCACAGGCAUGAUGGUCCGUUCAACGCAGUGUACAAUUCUCUUAUCCCUGCAGACGAAGAGCUGGUGAAGCAGAAACAACUAAUGGCGCAGCUAGAGCGUCUAGUUGGCAAAGAAUGGCCUCAUGCGAAGUUGUAUCUUUACGGGUCAUGUGCUAACUCGUUUGGUUUCCCAAAGAGCGACAUCGAUGUUUGCCUUGCAAUCGAAGAUGAUGAUAUCAACAAAGCCGAGAUGUUGUUAAAGCUGGCUGAUAUUUUGGAAUCAGAUAAUUUCCAAAAUGUGCAGGCACUGACUCGAGCUCGGGUUCCAAUAGUAAAACUUAUGGAUCCGGUUACUGGGAUAUCUUGUGAUAUCUGCAUCAACAAUGUGUUGGCUGUUGUGAACACAAAGCUCCUGCGAGAUUAUUCACGGAUAGAUGUGCGUUUAAGGCAGUUGGCUUUCAUUGUGAAACAUUGGGCAAAGUCAAGAAGAGUUAAUGAAACUUAUCAAGGAACACUUUCCAGCUACGCGUACGUUCUUAUGUGCAUUCAUUUCUUACAACUACGUAGGCCGCCUAUUCUUCCUUGCCUACAGGAAAUGGAGCCGACAUACGCAGUUCGGGUAGAUAAUAUCAAGUGCGCCUACUUUGAUAAAGUUGAAAGACUCGGUAACUUUGGAUCAAAUAACAGGGAGACCAUAGCUGAGCUGGUAUGGGGAUUCUUCAAUUACUGGGCAUACGGUCACGACUAUGCGAAUACCGUUGUAUCUGUCCGCACCGGUUCCAUACUUGGGAAGCGAGAGAAGAACUGGACUAGAAGGGUGGGGAACGAUAGGCACUUGAUAUGCAUAGAGGAUCCGUUUGAGACGAGCCAUGAUCUGGGUCGGGUCGUGGAUAAGUUUAGUAUCCGGGUGUUGAGGGAAGAGUUCGAACGAGCUGCAAAGAUUAUGCAUCAGGAUCCUAACCCUUGUGCCAAGCUUUUCGAACCGUACCUUCCUGGUGAUAAUAAUGGCCAGGGCCACAAUUAA